UUGGCUUAUGAGUAACAGAAUAGUCUGUCCAUAUAUCUGAUUGCAGUUUCAUGGUGGCAGCACAGCUAAAACACUUGCCUUAAGAACUGAAGAAAUGGAGACAUUAAGCAGCAUUCUUGGCUUGGAGUGGAUAGACGGCGGGAGCAUUUUAAUUUUUUUGUUGGUUCUCCUGCUGUUCGCUGAUAUUUUGAAGAACAGAGCGCCAAAAAACUUUCCUCCCGGACCGUGGGCUCUUCCGUUUUUAGGACAUUAUCAUCGCAUCAGACCUGACAGAAUUCACCUGCAGAUCAUGGAGAUGUACAACAUAAUGCCCUGGCUGAUGAAUUGGCUGCCUGGACCUCAUAAGAAGAUGUUCACUCUGGUACAACAGAUAAAUGACUUCAUAGAAAUCAGGAUCAGAGAACACAAAGAAAACCUUAACCCAGCAUUACCAAGAGACUAUAUUGAUGCCUUUCUGAUAGAGAUGGGAAAGAAUGAGAACAAGAAUUCAAGUUUUGCUCUCAGCAACUUACGCGCUUGCACCAUGGACCUGUUUUUUGCUGGAACUGAAACUACUACCAUGACUUUACUCUGGGGGCUGCUUUACAUGAUCUAUUACCCUGACAUACAAGAGAGAGUCCAGGCUGAGAUCGAUGCUGUGGUCGGUUCAUCCAGACAGCCCUCUAUGAGUGACAGAGAAAACAUGCCCUAUACUGAUGCUGUUAUUCAUGAGAUACAGAGAAUGGCCAACAUCGUCCCCCUCAACGUGGCUCGUAUGGCAACCAAGGACACUACAGUGGAUAAGUACACAAUCCCAAAGGGCACCAUGAUCCUGGCUACCCUGGAUUCAGUCCUACACGAUGAGUCGAUGUGGGAAACUCCACACUCUUUCAACCCUCAACACUUUCUGGACAGGGAUGGUAAAUUUCGCAAGAGAGACGCCUUCCUUCCAUUUUCUGCAGGUAAGCGUGUGUGUCUUGGAGAAGAGCUGGCCCGGAUGGAGUUAUUUUUGUUUUUCACCUCCAUCCUUCAAAGGUUCUCUCUGUCACCACCUGCUGGAGAGCAGCCCAGUCUGGAGUUUCGGAUGGGAGGCACCCGUUGUCCCAAACCUUACCGCCUCUGUGCUGUAACACGUUGAUACAUCAGCUGCCUCAACCCGAUUAUGUCUUUUUCUCGGCACAAUGAAUUACUGUCUUCCAUCACAUUUGUCAUAUAAUGCAUUAUAUAUAUCUGCCAUACUAUUUUCAUCCUAUAGCAUCAGUAACAAACAGUUUUCUUCAUUUUACCCUGGAGACCAAAAACUAGUAAAAUUAAGUGAGGCGAAAAGGAUAAAUGACAUUAUUUCACCACAUUCCAAUCUGAUCGAUGUGCACAAUUAAAUCAAGUUAAUUCAAAAGACUUU